CACGCCCACAAUGCGUAUUAUAAAUUAAUGGCGCUGCAAAGAGAUACGUUCACUCAGUCAUCCAGCAACCAUGCAAGGUCUAUUAGUUUUAGCCUUUUUGACAGUUUUUUUUGUAGCAACCAAUGCUUUGGUUAGCAACUGCACUUGUAAAGGGAAUCUGUCUAUGGGAACAUAUUUCGUGUCAUGGAUGAUACGUGAUAAUAAUCGUUCUCUUGUAGACUUCAAUGUGUCUGUUAACACUGGUGCGGACACUUGGGUUGCUGUUGGCUUUUCAGAAGACAGAUUUAUGCCAAUCACUGAUGUUGCUAUUGGAGCUGACAAUGGGACAUAUAGUUUUGUUGAGGACAGAUGGAACAAUGCUACUCGUCCUGCUGGACCAAUAUAUGAUACAGAACAAAAUUUUAUUGACACAUCAACUAGUAGAUAUAAUGAUAUGCUCACAAUCUCCUUUACACGACCUAUCGAUAGUCCUGAUGAUACACAAGACCUUGACUUGACUCAGUGCCGAUAUGUCCUUUGGGCAUAUGGAGGGAAUGUGGGCAUGUUUCCUUCUAUGAUGAGUGAUGAAGCUGCUUCUAGUUUGACACGACACACAAUGCGUGGUGUCUUUUCUGAACAACUUUGCCUCUGUCCUGCAAAUGAGACAUGUCCCGAUGCAACACCAGCAACACCAGCAACAUCACCAACACCAGCAACAUCACCAACAGCAGGCACAGAAGCACCUACAUCUAGUGCUUUCUCAGUUGCAAAUUUUGCAAUCAUCACCUUUAUUUUUAUCUUAAUUGCUGCAAUUUUUUGAAUUGCCUGACUGAAUUGAAAUUAACUUUAAUACUGACAUAGCUGCUAGAUAUUUAUGGAUUUUGUUUUGUAUUUUUGUUGAUUUUUUUUCAUUAAAAUAAUAGAUUUCAUCAUUUCAAACAAAUACAA